AUGCCUCGAAUCAUUUCUAUUGCGCUGGGAGCGCUCACGUUUGUCACCACGACGGCCACGCUGUGCACACAGAUUGCCAUCAGUGUAAGCGUUCCUCAGUCAUCACCCGGCAGAAUAACAUCAAGUGUCGCUGCGGCAUUCGAAGCCGCAAUUCUGGCCCUCCUGGCAUGGCUUAUCGCGGCCGAUAUUCUAUCUGCAUUUCCAGGGCGAUCCAAGCCGCUACGGAACAUCCUCUAUGGUCUCAAGAUCUCGGCUUGCGUCAUUGCGACAGUGACCUCAAUCGUUGCACUGGUGUACUUGGCCCAGGCCGAUGGAGGAGACAAUCAACACCUUCUUAUCGGAUCUUCCAUCACACUUGCGCUGGCCAUUGCUAGUCAAAUCCUAUAUACUAUUCACCAGUUCUUUUUCACUUCUGCAGACGGUAGCAAAGACGUAGAGAACGGACGAUCGCGCAAGGUUAACCUCAAGACCAUCAGAUAUAGCCAGACAAUGCCUAUCACGGAUGAGACGAAUCCCACUGCACAGCUGGAAUCUCAGGGCAAUCGAAGUCGCUCCAAUUCGGCUGACCGCAAGUCAAUGGCUGAGACUGUCGCAUCGUCCGUGACUUAUGUAUCACAUUCAAUUCGCUCCGUUUCGAGCAAGUCAAAGAUGCGCUCUUCAAAGGAGAGGAGCCGCUCCAUGUCGGUGGAUUCGACCGCCAACCGAAGUACCAUGGGUGACGACGCUUUUGAUUCCUGGGAUACCUCAACGGUAGACGUACACAACCGAGAGGCUGUUAUGGAAAUUUCAACACCUACGCAAAGCAAGCCUCGCGGACUCGAAACCAUUCCUGCCAGCCCUGUGGCCAGCCGGAGUCCAUCGCCGCAGUCCUUUGUCGAACUUGAACCGCCUCGUAUUCAAACCCGCCGUCGAAGCCGAAGCUACAGCCCCGUGUCUAUCAAACGGGAGCUUCGUGAUCUGCCGGGCGCAAACAGCAGCGAGGCUCAUAUCCAUCCUCUAUUCCGAUCCGACUCUCCUGACCCGCAUCCCUUUGCAACGCCUGGCACUAUCGUCAUGGCGGCGCCAGAUGCGGCACGAGUCCUUGUCCGCCAGUCGAGCAGCCUAUCCCUCAACCGCAUGCGAAGCGACAGCUUGCCGAUCGCGCCUCCUAACCUGAACAGGCACGACGGCUAUGAUUCCAGGUCGCUGAGAAUGUAUCGGUCUGAGCUGGAUCUCAGCGAACAGGCUGCAGGUGACAUGGACAUGGCACCUCCUGCGCCUGAAUGGCUGCGCAGGGAACUAUGA